AUGAGUCAGUUGUUGGGUCGUCAGGACUGUAUUAGGAGCCUCCGAAAAGAUCUAGAGGACAUUCAGGGCGCGAUUCUGGAUGUCUUUUCCAGAACCGGACCACUUCAGUUCUCCUCCUGGAAAUACCCUGACAAACUGUCCUGCAAACUGGAUAUGGAGUCUUUGCUGGAAGAGUAUGACUAUGUGGAUGGAGAGGAGGCAUUCAAUCAGCACUCCCACAUUGUUUUGCUGGAGUUGGUGAUUGACAGGUUGCUUCUUCUUCUGCAAAGUGUCGGUGCUUAUACUAAGCAAGAGGGAGGAUGCUGCAGAGACCAAGCCCAGCAGAAAGGAUGCCUGUCAGUUGGCCUUGUGGUUAGGAACUAUUGGAGCAGUUUAAUUCAAUUUUCCAAUAGGAAGGAGAUGACCAAAUACAUUGCAAAACAGACACAACCAAAGACAAUUAACUGUGAUGACACAAAGACAGAGUCACCAGUUUCUCAAUUAACUAGCCCUGAAACUGUCUUUCACAGAAGUGCGGUAUCUGGCAUGUCCUCCACCAGCUCAUUUAAAUUUCUCCCCCAUAAUAAUGGUCAUUCCAGUCACACCAACAACACCCUGAACUAUCAUGAAGCUGACUGCCGUAGUGCAAGCUGCCAAACUAUAGAAUCAUCACUUGUUCCCUGUGAUGCGUGUCAACAAGUGCAAUCGCAUUUGAUAAAUACAGGACGCAAUUUGGUACAUUUACUUCAGAAUGAGGGCCUGCCCUCAUCUCUGCAGCGUCUCUCAGCGGUUAUUGAGGAUUCAGUAGAGGUGGGACAUAUGAUCGCAAGUGAUGUUGCCCAGUGGGCCGACAUGCAGCUCAAGGAUAUACGGCGGCUGGAAAAACAUCUUCAGGAUGUGCGGAACACUGUACAGCCCCUUAAAGACGAACUGGUAGCAGCUGAAAAGGAACGUAAAAGAUUAAGGUCUCACUUUGAGAAAGCACAGAAAAAGUUCAAUCAAGAGGUGGAAAAACACCAAACAACAGUAGUCCAACUGGAGUUUUCAUUGCAAAAAGCAAGGCAAUCUGUGAAAGACACAGAGCAAAAGCUGCAAGAGGAACUACAGCAGCUUAAGAGAGAAACCUUUGCUUUGGAGGAGAGUAACACCAAUCUGAAAGCGAAAGUAGUGAUGCAUCAAGAAACUUUACAAGCACUAGAAUAUGAAAAGAAUGUGUUGAAUGAGAAAGUGAAGAACUUACAAAAAGAAGAGGAGGCCUGUUCUAAACUACAGCAAAGGAUCCAUCAACUGAAGGCUGAAAUCUCUGACACUCAACUCCUUCUUGACAAAGAGACUGCCAAGUACCACAGUGCCUGUCGGCAGCAAGAGUCAAUGCAGAUGAAACAAAAAUCUUUGUUGGGGAGAGUUGAUGCUCUCGACGAAGAGUGUGAAGAGUUGCAGAGGCAGCUAGAGGAGAGAGAGGAGACGGAGGCCGGCCUAAACAACCAGCUGCAACAGAUGUCAGAGGUGAACCAACAUCUACAGUCUCAGCUUACUCAACAGCAGGACUUGUAUACAGAACUCCAAAAAGAGAAGCACACGCUAGAAACACAUGCAGAUGAACUGAAGAAACAUGUGGCUGAGCUGAAGGAACAUGUGCAAGCUUUAACGGAGAGGGAGAAGCUAUUGGUGUCUUUCCCAGAGCUCAGCAGUUGGCCUCAGGACCAACCACAGAGUACAGGUGACAUGCUUUUGGACAUGGAGCAACAACUGAAGGCAAACAGUAUACGAAUAAAAAUUCUGGAGCAGGAAAAUUCCACUCUGCACAAGACUCUGGAGAAACUGCGGCAAACAGCA